GCAAGGAAGGCGGAGCCGCGGGAAAGCGAUCCCCCGUCUCCCUCCCCCUCCCCUUGUCAACAAGCGGGGCGCCUGCGCCGGGUGUUUGCGCGUCUUUUCCUCUCAUGCGCGGUAUUUGCUUCCCGACUGGGGCCCGGGCUGUGGCCUAGAGCUGGCUGGCGCGGCCCGUAACGGCGCGAUAAGCGGACUCCUCUGCCGCCUCCUGGCGCGUCUCCCAGCGGUAGCUGGACGCUCGGGAUGGCCGAAGACUCGCCCAAGCGGCGCAAGGCCAAUUUCAACGAGGCGGAGACGGAGGUGCUGAUCGAGCAGGUGCUGAAGCACGAGCAGGUGCUGUUCGCGGCCGGGCCUGGCCGGGCUUCCCCGGGCCAGAAGCGCAAGGUCUGGGAGCUGAUCCGUCACAAAGUGAACCCGGUGGCCGCCUGCCCCCGCGAGGUGGAGGACCUCAAGAAGCGCUGGAGGGACCUGAAGCGCCGCGACCGGAGCAAGCUGUGCCGCAUCACCCACGGCCCCGGCGGGCCCCUGCCCCACUCGGCCUCGCUCGGCCUCCUGCUGCCGCCCGAGGACCUCUCGCCGCCCGACCACCUCCGGUCUUACGGCCCCGGGCUGCCUGCCCCCAACGAGGCUGUGCCCAUCGUCGGCGGCAUCGACACGCUGGACUUGCCGGGAUCUGCCGUGACGGACGCCGGUUUUACAGAUGAUCCUGGUCCAUCUCACCAACCAUCUCUAGAGAAAAUAAACCUAAAAGAAGAUAUAGUGGUGAAGGUAGUGGAGCCAGAAGAAAGCUCUGAGGACAUGGCAGUGGUUCCUCCUAGCCAGGAACAGCUUCCUUUUUUGGGGAUUCCGAAUGGAGGCCCUUGUGGAAAAGUAAAAGCCAAAACAAAAACUCAGCCCCAGCCUGAUCCAAAUGAAAUUACAGAGGAGGAUCUAUUGCAGAUCCAGCAGAACCAGCUGCAUGUCAUCCAGUCUGGCUUUGAUAGUAUCAACCACAAUCUUCGGCUGCUGCAGCAAGGCAUGCAAGAGCUCAAUAACAGCCUCAGCAUCAUGGCACAUACAUUAGUGGCGAUCAAAAAUGUCUAUGUGAAAAAUAAUGCUGGCCCAACCGCAUUUGCUACUGUAGCAACUCAAACCACAGCAGGGUACCUGAGUCCUGGGUCACCAUUGGUUGAGGACAGAGUCAGAGUACCAAUGGCUGGAAGUAGCAGCAGAAGCAGUAGCUGCAGUUCCAGCUCUAUGUCACAAGAGCCUGGCCCGUCAGAAUUUCCAAGGGCUCCACAUAGACCCAUUAAGAAGGAACAUCCAAAUGGUUGUUAUUAUUUCUGUUUUGCAGAUGUGUGAAAUUUAACUACACAAAAAAAAACUUGUGGUGAUUGAGAGAAGCUGUUCUGCACUCUUCUCCAGUAAUUCAUAAUGGAACAAAAAUGUUUUGCUGUUCUCUAGAAUGCUGAACACAUAAGAUCUGCUCUACUUCUGUUGAAGAAAUGUCACAUGUAGGAGGUGCAACACUAGCUACAACUCUUAGAGCCUAGUCCUAUGCCCAUUUACUGAGAAGUAAGUCCCACUGAGUUAAGAAGGACAACUCCUAAACAAGAGUAUAGGAUUGAAGUAGUUAUCACUAGCUUUGGCAGUUGGUUGAUUGAUGCCUUGGAUAUUACAUCCCCCUUUCAGUCUUAUUUUUUUCCCAUAGGGAAGAGAAAAUUUGACUCAUUUGGCUCUUCCUGGUAUUAAUUUGAUUUUUAAAAUUGACAAAAUAGUAUUAAAACAUAACAGCAAUAUGUGGUGCAGAAUAUCAGACAAGCUGUUGUGGGUUUUUUUAAUAAUCCAAACUCCAGAUUAGUGAGAUUUAGUACUUUAUUUUACUUCUAUUAAAAUAAAUAUUACUACUAGGAAGAUGUUUGUGUCUGUAAGACCAUGUGAAAGAUUAUCUGCUCUAGGAUAUGAAUUGGGACACUGAGCUAUGAGCCAAAUCCAUGUAAGUUAUCCCUGAUCCCUCUUAUUUGUUGUUGCUCAUGUUCAGUUCCCUCCCAAUGAAUCUCCCCUGCCAAAAAAAAAACCCCUCUGCUUAAAAUCUACAGUGUGGAGAGGCUGCCUUUUGUUGCAUAAUUAAAACGAA